AAACUUUGGCAACUAACAUCAACAUAUUUCGAAUUAGAUGGUAUAAUGGCCGUAGAAAACGGUCCGCUGAAAUUUACAGCGGUAUGGUUCAAAUUAAAAAGCAGUGCAACAACUUGGACAGAGUCUCUGCGACUUGUAUCCGAGGGUUUUCAUAACGCCAGAUUAAAAGACUAUCUCGUAAAAAGUAUAAACGAAAUUGGGACAUCUAGUUUUAACAAGUGUACGGGGCAGCAUACCGUCCUCAGAAGAUCAACCAUGGCUGAUCACAGUGCUGGUCAGUGGAUCGGUGAGUUAUUUCAACCAUCGUAUAACUUUACUGUCGAUGAUAUUCUCGCUGGAAAAGCUGAAGAUGUGGAAAUUAAAAGUAAAAUCAAACUGGCUCGAGCGUUUGACCCAGCAGCCAUUCAUGAAGUGUACGAAAAGGUUCGAGUGAUGACCGCAAUCGAUGAUGAGUUGAAACUGCAGACUUUGAUGAGAGAAGAAAGAGGAACUUGUCCUGAUGAUGCAGACAAAUUAGCUGGAAAGACUGAGUCUGAUGAUACCAAAGCUGAGACCAUCAACCUUGAGGAUUCUUGUAUCUGGGAUGAAGAGGAGAUUAGCGUCCUUAGAAAAGUCUUCAAAACUGCAAAAUAUCAGAUCAGAGAUCUCGAAGUACGACUGCGUGAAACUUCGAGCACAAACAAAACUCUGGCGAAACAAGUUUCAGAAAAGACAACGGCACUAGAAGAAGCGAAUUCGAAUUUAGCCGAAGCACGAAGAGCCAACAAGAGACUAAGCAUCCACUGUGAUAACCUGAAAGAGCAACUCGCUCAAACCUGUGCCAAGCUGGACGCAGUCACCGAGAUGUGGAAGGAGAUAUCCGAGGAAAUCACUGCUCUGCGGAAAGAAGCUCAAGAAUGCCGGAUAACAGCAGAUAAAGAACGAUUAGCGAGAGAGAAACUACAGCUCAAAGUUGAAGAGGCAGAUCAGGAGAUUAACAGAGAAAAACAUCUUGCGCAGGAAAAUGCUAAAAAUCGCUACCAGCAAGAGAUUAUCGAUUUGCAUAUGAAACUUAAAAACGUGUCUGAGGAAUUGAUUAAGGAGAAGCAGUCACAUUCAGUGACUAGCAAGGCUUUGGGGAAUUUAAGGCAGCAUUUUGCUAGUUUACCCAUGAAGGAUAUUUUGCCGCCAAAUGUGGUAACGGAAGAUCAAGUGAAAGAAAUAAACUUUUUGGAACCUUGAUUUCUUAUGUACACGUGUGGGAAAGAAUGUUAUAGUGUUUUCUCUAGCUUGUUUUAGCAUUGUGCGGCACCAUGCCUCAGUAAUCUAGAGCCAUUUUGCCUUAAUCAGCGCCAUGCUGGCCUGAGAUUAAACAAGCCUUUUUCAAUAAUUCAUUAUAAAAUUGCC